UGGAUGGCUGACCGUUAUGGCUCCUGCAGAAUUCCAAUAUGUAAUGUUCGCUGUUCUAAUGGAGGGACAUGUGUUCGUCCGGAUACCUGCCAAUGUCUACACGCGUACGACGACGGGAGAUUCUGUACUAAACUCCAAUGUUCGCAUUUGUUGCCGUGUUUCCCCGGAGCGUGUACAUCAUCAAAUAGCUGUCAGUGUUAUAAUGGAUGGACGGGAUCACGAUGCCUGAAUUUUGAAAGUGGUAAAAACAUGCCGACCUUGCUUUCCUGCGAUGUUACGUUGAGAGACGACAGGCGAACGGAUCUGAAGGAGUUCUUCUAUUUUAAUGCACCUUGUGGUACAACCAAUAAGCCAGUAUGGAGCAAUCAAGAAAACUUCAACUAUGUUGAUUUCCAACUACAAGGGAUGUAUAGCGUGUCAGCAACAACUUAUCCAGAGGAAAACUACGUUUCUAAGUUCGGGUUUGGAAUUGUAUCUGGUAGUGCCCAUAUCAUUCAUAGCAAGGUGAAUAAGGAUCCAAGAGGAUACGCUCUGAUCGCACUCAACAAGAUCGCUAGGUGUUCUCAAGUCUCAAACACUAACCCCAUCCUCAAUCUCGAUUGCACGCUUGUUGAGAGAGACUACGUAUACAGCAUCGAACAUGGCGACAAUUUCACUGUGAUAUUCAGCAUACAGAGCGGAGGGUUUCGAGAUUUGCACGACAUAAACUAUAACCGUUUCUAUAAGACGGAGAUUUAUCAAGGCCACACAGUAACGAAAAUGGUAGAGUUCAAAUUUGACUUUGUUGCUCCAAAACAUUGCUCUGAAGAAGACUCCGGCGUACAUUGUGUAGCUGGCGAAGAACCAAUUAUAAUAUACAACGACAUAACAAGGAAUCAUAUAACGCCUAAGUGGGCUGGCUGGUCGGAUGAUCUGUCUGGAUUGCUUUACUACAAACUUGAAGUGUUCAAGCUCAGUCCAAACGUACAUGAAGAACUUGUGGAACUUGAGCCAUUAGCACCGCUCUUUAAUUACACUGAAAGUAAUAUUGAACGACCCUCUUUCCCUACCAUAACACCGCCAGAAACCGGCAUGUAUUCCGUGCUAUUGACAACUGCAGACUUGGCAAACAAUACAAAAAUUGCCAGACGUCUAGUUUUGUACGACAACUCGUCAGUAAUUACUAUUACAAAGCCUGGACUUUUUGCAAAGAUGCCAGGUUUUCAAGAUAUCGAGCAAAUGAAUCUCGGUGAUGGUGGUUUGUACAUUAUCAGUGCCAUUAAAGAAACGGGGUACAUGUGGCAAACAUCAGUGAAUGACACGAAGACAGUCUUGAAAAUCAGAUGGGACAAUCAUUUUGUAAACAACUUACACAACGACGGUAGACUACUGAAUAAGGUUCUGCCUUAUCCAACCCAGUUUCAGGAGUUGGAAGAUGAUGGCAUUCUCAGAAGCAAAAAAUACGUUGCCAUUGACGACAACGACGGUGAUAGAACGUUGGCCGCAAUUCCAAAUAAGCAUGGUAUCGUAAAAUUCGAACUAAACCGCGUUUACACUGAUGACAAAGAGAUUCCAAAAACCCCAUGGACGAACUUGCCUUUGGAAGAGAAUUAUGUAGUAACUGAAUCUUUGGAUGAUGGGAGCCAUGUUCGGGUUUGGUUACGGGCAACUGACAUCAUGAACAACACUGCGGUAGACUACACUGAAGUUCACGUAGAUAAUACGCCUCCUAGAUUCUCAAACGAGCGACUUGAGGAAAAUAUACGGAACGGCACGUUUACCUACACAUCAAAAAUAACAUUUGACGCAUCCGACGAAGGCAGUGGUGUACACAAGCUACAGUUAACCCUAUUUGUUGGAAACAGUACUACAGCGAAGAAAGUACAUGCAGUGCAAGCAAACAGAAAUAAUGAAACAGGAGCAUGUGACAAGGAUCCCUCUUGUAACUGCGUGUUAGAUGUCUGCUAUCGACCGCCACAGGCAGUGGAAUUUGACAACUGUUGGUUCAUAGUUCCGAAGGAAGAUCUCAAUAAGUCAGGCAUUGUGGAAGUGACCAUCUUCAACCAGGCCUUACUGACAAGGAAAUUUAACAUGACAAUUACACAGCUGAAUCAUCUCAUGGGUCUUGAAGAAUAUUCCGGACCAACUAAUAUACGUAUUGACGAAAAAUUGUCAAGUGGUGUCCGCAUAACUUGGGAUAUUCCUGAAAAGGCUUCUUGCUAUGGAAGUGUUGACAUCACGUUAGUGGUUUAUCUUAGCAAAGGAUUAACGAGGGUUAUACAAGUCAGCAGCGAACAGACUUCAGUGGACAUUCUCGGCCUGGACUCAGAUCAAGAGUACAGCGUGUCUCUUAAUGUUGGAUAUGAAGGAACUGAACUUGCUGCUCUGCCUUACACUUUUAAGACUGCUGAAGAAGGAAAUCACUUGCAAGGAGGCGUCAUUGCCGCAAUCAUCGUCAGUGUGCUUGUAAUUGUUGGAAUACUGGUUGCGAUAUUUGUCGUUUUGUUACGGAGAGGUCAUAUGAAGCCUGUACGACGAGGAAUGACAGCGGUUUCUGUUACCUAUAGAAAAACAAUGGCAGGCAGACACAAUGCAAGAAAGGAUCUCAAAUCGUACUCGAAUUCUAUGUAUGUCUAUGGCGAUAUGGAGUUUUCCGAUGUGGACACCUGGAAACUUGAUCGGGAUCAUGUUAGCCUACAAAGUUUAUUAACAUCGGGAUCAUUCGCUGAUAUCUUCAAGGCCACGAUUAAAGGCAAAGACAGCCCAGCAGUCGCCAAAAUUUUAAGAAAGGGGUUCACAGAGCAGGAUGUCCAUCUUAUGAAUGCAAAAAUCAACUUCUUCUCGACUGUAGUUGGAAAACACGAAAACGUCAUAGCGUUCCUCGGAGCUGUUACUGACGAUACAAUGAUGGGUCCUUUUAUAUUGUACGGAUACUGUGUAAAUGGACAACUCAGUGAUUUCCUCCAGACUCUGAAGAAAAAUCUGACUGUGGAAACACAUGAAAUGUUGUAUAGGUUUAGUAUCGGGGUUGCCCGGGGAAUGGAGUUUCUAGCAGAAAGAAAGAUUGUUCAUCGCCGACUGGCUGCUCGCAAUAUUUUCCUCGACAAUGAGUUUGAUGUGAAGAUAGCUGGAUUCGGUCCAUUGAAGGUCGAUUUGAAGGAUGACACCAGUAAACGAGAGCGCAUUCCGAUGAAGUGGAUGGCCCCAGAGUGUCUCAAGAGCACACAAGAGGCAACGGAUAAAAGUGAUGCUUGGUCGUAUGGAGUCGUGCUGUGGGAAAUAUUCUCUCUCGGUGAUGCUCCCUACGAAGCAGUUCGCGGAAAGGAGCUGCCUAGUCAGUUGAAGAAUGGCUACAGACUUCCUAAACCUGAGCAAUGCGAUAACAAAUGGUAUGACGUUAUGACCCGUUGCUGGCAAACAAAACCAGAACAGCGUCCAAGCUUCAAGGCCAUCAGAGAAGAGCUGGAUGAAAUAUUUGUUACCGCGCCACAAGACGACUACUAUUAUUACAAAAAAUAA